AUGUUCAAGCUCGGACGUAGCCGUUUGGCUUCCGCCAUCCCUUCGAGGCUCGCUGCCCCGGCCGCCAGAUUCCCCGGUGUUGCUCAGCAACAAAGGAGAAACCUGAGCAUCCACGAGUACCUCUCCGCCGACCUCCUGCGCCAGUAUGGAGUCGGUGUUCCCAAGGGCUCCAAUGCGAAGACCGCCGCCGAGGCCAAGGCCAUUGCGAAGGAGAUUGGUGGUGAGGACAUGGUUAUCAAGGCCCAGGUUCUCGCUGGUGGACGUGGAAAGGGUACUUUCGACAACGGCCUGAAGGGCGGUGUUCGCGUCAUCUACUCGGCUCACGAGGCCGAGAUGUUCGCUGAGCAGAUGAUCGGCCACAAGCUCAUCACCAAGCAGACCGGCGCUGGCGGCCGCCUCUGCAGCUCCGUCUACAUCUGCGAGCGCAAGUUCGCCCGUCGGGAGUUCUACCUCGCCAUCCUGAUGGACCGCGCCACCCAGGCCCCCGUUAUCGUUUCCUCCUCCCAGGGCGGUAUGGAUAUCGAGACUGUCGCCAAGGAGAACCCUGAGGCCAUCAUCACCACCAACAUCGACAUCAACAAGGGUGUCACCGAUGAGAUUGCCCGCGACAUCGCCGUUAAGCUCGGUUUCUCCGAGCAGUGCAUCGAGGAUGCCAAGGACACCAUCCAGAAGCUCUACAAGAUCUUCGUCGAGAAGGACGCUACCCAGAUCGAGAUCAACCCCCUCUCCGAGACCUCUGACCACAAGGUUCUGUGCAUGGACGCCAAGUUCGGCUUCGACGACAACGCCGACUACCGCCAGAAGGAGAUCUUCACGUGGCGCGACACCACCCAGGAGGACGCCGACGAGGUCCGCGCCGCCCAGUCCGGCCUGAACUUCAUCAAGCUCGACGGUGACAUCGGCUGCCUGGUCAACGGUGCCGGCCUGGCCAUGGCCACCAUGGACAUCAUCAAGCUCAACAAGGGCGCCCCGGCCAACUUCCUCGACGUUGGUGGUGGUGCCACCCCCGCUGCCAUCAAGGAGGCUUUCGAGCUCAUCACCAGCGACCCCAAGGUCACUGCCAUCUUCGUCAACAUCUUCGGUGGUAUCGUCCGCUGCGACCUGAUCGCCCACGGUCUCAUCAACACCGUUAAGGAGCUUAACCUCAAGAUCCCCAUCAUUGCCCGUCUGCAGGGCACCAACAUGGAGGCCGCCCACGAGAUCAUCAACAACUCCGGCAUGAAGAUCUUCUCCAUCGACGACCUCCAGACUGCCGCCGAGAAGGCCGUACAGCUGUCCAAGGUUGUGAAGAUGGCUCGUGAUAUUGACGUCGGCGUCGAGUUCACCCUUGGUAUCUAA